CCAAGUUUAUACACAGAUACAUCGGAUUAGUUGUCUUGGCACAAGUGGCCCCGAACUGAAGCGUUCUCGGACGGACGGUGAUACCACAAAAGAUAAAAGACGAGGACUCCAACGCUGUCUCACAAUGAUCCGGCACAGGCGACUGAUGAAACUAUUGGUGCUGUUGGCUGUGGUCAUGACUGUAACCCUUUUUGUGCAAAAUCUACAGCAUGGGCAUCUUUCGACAUCUGAUAUUGCGCUUGAAACACUAUCCGCGGGGGAAGUCACGAUGCAAGCUACAGCAGAAAACAUUACAGCAACAGCAAAGGAGACCAUGGUUGUCAUACUGACGUACAUGCGCAGUGGAUCCACGUUCACCGGUGACAUCAUCCAGAGGAACCCGGAUGUCUUCUACGUGUUUGAACCGCUUCACUCGGUAGAGAGGUUCCUCAGGGGAAAAGUGAAACUUAUGUUCUUCAAUCACAGCCAACCAUCAAGAACGAUUUCAAGAUCACAGAAAACACUUGAAAACUUCCUGACCUGUAACAUGCGCGACAUUGACGUCUUUACCCUGGGUCAAGCUCACAUGUCCAAUAGUAUUGACACUCGUGCCUACCACGGCUGCAAGACACAUAAUGCAGGAAUCCUUGGAACCCUGGAUUGUCUCCCUGUAUUAGAGCAGCCUUGUGUGAGAUCUCGUGUAUCAUGUGUUAAAACCAUCAGAUUCAAUAUGACAGACAUGACGUACCUCAUGGACAAAUAUAGAAACAUUAAAAUCGUUCACUUGAUCCGAGACCCGAGGGCGACGCUGCGGUCGCAGAAAAGCGUGAGGGAGUUUUCCUGGGAUAGCUUGGACAUACAUGCAGAAAAACUCUGUCAGAGAGCAAAACGGGAUUUUGAUGUUUCUUCAAAGAUGAAAUCCCUUUACCCUGGACGUAUUUUGACUCUUCGUUAUGAGGAUUUAGCCGAGAGGCCUUUCGUGAUGACAGAGCAGAUAUAUAGAUUCAUCGGUCUAGAUUUAACUCCCAGCAUUCGCGAUUAUGUCCAAAAUAUAACCAAUGCAAGUGACAAGGCCUGUGUUAAUAUUCGUUUGUGUACGCGAAAGAACUCCACGAAAAUCAUUUCAAAAUGGCGAACAAGUCUGUCGUACAAUCAGGUGUCUGCUAUUGACAAGAUCUGUGAGCCUUUAUACAAGGUGAUGGGUUAUCUACCCGUUAAUAACGAACAGAACCUUCAUAAUCUCAGUGUUCCCAUGUACACAGCAGUACCAGAGGAGAAAUCAUUAGAACAUUAGGAUGGUGUAAAAUACUCAACUUCUACAUACUGGUCGCCUGUGCAAAGUAUGGAAUGCCACCUUACCUCGGCCACGCCCACACAGACGCCCCUGCCCAUAUCUAGAGUCACACAUUAAAGUUGGAGUUCCAAGUUAAAUAAUUAACAUUCAACUCGUCUUCUAAUGACAUCACCCUAUCUGACCCAUAAUUAUAUAAAUGCUACUAUCUGUAAUUAAUACACAUGUACAUGUAUAAGUAAUAACUGCCCGCACACCUAAGGCUACCCCUCCCCGCCCCUCCAUCCUAACUCUGACACGUAUCAAGGACAACCACAGAGGUUUAUGAAACCCUCCACGUACUCCGCAACACCAUCAAUAUAUUCACCACAACCAAAACCCCAUACCCAAUUCCCCAUCCCGCCGUCCAAACUCCAACAUGUUUCCAAGAUGCCCACAGCAGUUUUAAACCUGUACUGCUCAGUCCCACCCAAACAUACAUGUAUGUACACCACAACCACAACCGUAACCUCACCAUCCCAGACAUUAUUUUCAAUAUCAACUCCCUUGACUUCAUUAGAUUAGAACAUUGUUCAGAACUCUACAAUGUAAUUGUAGUUUGAAUUAAGGGGACAGAUAAUAGUCAGGAGAGUAUAGGGUAUGGGGGCGUGGCUUCUCUCAAAUGACGUAGUGGCAAAGUAUUGCCCAAUGACCUCAAUGGCCGAAGGCAUGAGUUUGUCAAAUGACGUCACCCGCUCAUACCUCCGUGGUGUGGAUGAAUCACCAUGCCCUGUCUGUCGACUACAUCAUGGACUGAUAGUAUUGAUUGUAUAAAUGAAUCAUGGUUAAUCUUUUAGCUAUAUGGUGGUACAUUUGCUGGACCUAACUGUAUCUCUCUGUACGGAUUUGUAUGGCGCUUGGAAUACGGUAUAAAUGGACAUAUCUUGAUAGUACUGAUGUGUAGUUUUGCCAGAUUUCUUACUGAGUUAACAUACUGGCUUCAUGUGUGAUUUAUAUGUCACAUACACAGCUCAAUACAGAUCUUUGAUCAAACAAUUAAUCUAACUAAUGCUUAAAUACACUAGUUAUGUUAUUUGAGGCACUGUCAGUUGGAACAACUACACACAUUUCCUGGAGGGCAGCCAGACUUUAGAUGACAGCUGGCUGGAACAGAAUGGGUUUAUUUCUAUAAUGUUUCCUCUUUUUGAGCUUGUGCAUUUUACCAGUGAUAAUAUCAAUCAUUGAUUUAACCCACUUCUCUUUGGGCCCAGUUGAUUUUGUUCAUAUGCUUCGACAGUAUCCAUAAUCAAGAUUUGAACCCAAUUGACUGCAGUCUGUUCACAAUAGUGUGGGCCAUAUAGAAUAUCUGACCAAACUGUUUUUGUCAACAAUAGAGAAGUCACUUGUGAUAACUUUACCAACAGAUUGGUAGCUACAAAUAGUGGAAUUUCCAUCAUGAUCUGCAAAGUCCCAUUUCUGUAACACGUUCCUGUAACUGAACAACUUGGGUGAAAUGGUGUUCGUAUGAGAAACGGUUUGGUGAAAUGGGGUUUCACGUCGCGUCCAAGAUUAUUGCACUUAUAUAGCGACGUGCAUAUACGUGUGUUUGUG